AUGGCUUCAUAUCAGAAAAAAGUUUUUACUAUAAAAUAUAAAAUGGAUCAGUCAUGUGGUUAUAGUGAAGGUAGUAGUAAUUAUAAUAGUAGAAAAGAGGAAAAUGAAGCAUAUUUAAAGGGUUAUUUAAAUGAUAAUAUUAUGAUACCAGAAUUACCAGCAGGUUGUGUUUUAUCAUUAAAUCUUAUUGAAUCAUGGAGUGGAAGCAAUGAAAAAUUUGGUAUUCGUGGUGUUGAAAUUUUUAAUUCACAAGGUUCUCUUAUUCAUCCUAUUCAAGCGACAUGUAAUGGAGAAGUUGUAUCUGGAAAAAUUGAAAAAAUUUUUUUUGUUAGUGGACCUUCAAUAAAAGAUAAAUCAAAUAAUGUAAUUGUGAAUAAAAGACCUAAUGAUAGUUGUGUAACAAUAAGAGCACCUUUUAAAAAAACGGAAGUAGUUUCUAUGAUUAGAAUAUAUAAUUUUAACAAGUCUCGUGUUGACAUGAUGUUGGGUGUAAGAUUUAUUGAAAUACGCUUGGAUAAUUUACCUAUAUUUAGUGGUGAAAUUUCUACAUCAUUUGGUUUAUCAGAUGGAAAUGGAAUUAUUGGUGAUACUAUUUUAUUUACCGUAUCAGAUGAGAUAUUAGAAGAGGUACGAAAAAAUGAUAUAUCAUUAAAAUAUUUUGAAAUGAUAACUAAUGAUGAUGAGAAUGAUAAUUAUAAAAAACUUGCUAAUUGUGGAGAAUUACAGGAUGUUAAUGUUUGUGCCCACCGUCCAACAACUGCAGAAUCAGAAAAGAUGGAGUCUAUUAGUCAGUUAAGAAGAUUGAGUAUUUCAGAUCAGGAGAAAAUGAUUAAAUUAGAUGAGAUGAUUGAGGAUGAUGAAGAAAUUGAAAUUGAUGGUAUUGAAAAUUGUAUUAAGACAAAAAUUCUUCAUCUAGAACUUUUAAGUAAUUGGGGAUGUCAAGAAUUUAUAGGAUUAACAGGACUUCAAUUUCUUGGUGAAAAUGGUAAAGCAAUAGAUACAUCAGAAUAUGUAAUAAAAUCAUCAGCAGGUGAUGAUGAAUCUAUUCAAAAUUUAUUAAAUAAAAAAAAUUUAACAUUAAAUAAAAAGAAUAUGUGGUUAACAGCAUAUGAUAAUGAUAAAAAUAUAUGCCCUUGUAUUACAGUAACAUUUAAAAACGAAGUAUAUCUUUAUGGGUUAUCUAUAUGGAAUUAUAAUGAAUCUGAAGAGAUGUCUUAUGCUGGAGUAAAAUAUCUUCGUAUAUUUGCUAAUGGAAAAAAAAUUGAAGAUAGUGUUUUGUUAAGAAAAGGUCCUGGUUUUGUUUAUUAUGAUUAUGUUCAAGAUAUUUUAUUUAAUGUUUGUAGGCGUAACAUUAAUAUAUUUGCAAGACCAAACACCAAAUCCGUUGUUGCUUUCAUUUAUCAAUUCCGUCUUUUAUCAACAUGGGGAGAUGAUUAUUAUAUAGGAUUAAAUGGUAUUGAAUUAACGGGAAGAGAUGGAAAAAAAAUUAAAUUGAAGGCACAAAAUAUUGCUUGUUUUCCAGAAAGUGUUAAUAUAUUACCUAAUGUAGCCAAUGAUCCACGUGUUUCAACAAACUUAAUUCUUGAUAAACCAGAUAAUAAAAGAACAUGUGAUACUUGGUUAACACCAUUAUUACCAAAUAAUACAGUAAGAAUAUUUGUAAUUUUUGAUUUUCCAACAUAUAUCUCUGAUAUUAUUAUUUAUAACUAUUCUAAAACUCCUGAGAGAGGUGUCAAAGAUAUAGUUAUUCUUGCAGAUGACUUAAUUAUAUUUAGUGGAGAGGUAGAGCAAAGUAAAAUAGGAAGUGUUGGUAUUUUGAAAAUUCCUUUGAGAGAAUAA